AUGACCAAGGUGGACCUAGCCAAGGAGGAGAAUGUUCUAAAAUUUGGGACAACUGAUGAGUCAGGUGGUAUUCAGUCUACUGCAGAAAUUACUGAAAACAGAAAUGCUUGCUCCUGGGUGUUGUCCUUAGGUUGGGACACAUCGAGGCUUUCCCAGAGGGUUUGUGAAGGUGAAUGUGAGAACAGACAUGGUUUGUUUCAGAGGAGUUCAAGGGCCAUUCCACGAUCUUCUAGAGCCCUUGGAACCUCACUCACACCUCCUCCAUUUGCCACAGCUGAGGCACCACUGAGUGGAAGCCUGAGUCUUGCCCAUUGCUGUUUCAGGGUGUGGCUGUGUUGUUGCUCUGAAUUCCAUGGUCUCACCCUUCUCCCUGGUGCUGCCCCUCUCUUUAGGUGGCUGUGGAAGAACUACCAAUACGUGCUGGCCUUCCGCUUUGCCAUCCAGGAGAUCAAUAAGGACCCCCAGAUACUCCCCAACCUGACCCUUGGUUUCAAAUUCUUCAAUGCCUUUGCCAGUGAACAGUACACCUUAUUAAACAUAGCGUAUUGGUUGUUUGGGGCCACUAUGCCUUUCCUUAACUACACCUGCCAUACACAAGGCAGACAUGUUGCCAUCAUUGCUGGAACCACAUCAGCAUUGUCUGUUGAAUUUGGAACACUUUUGGAGCUCUACAAAACCCCACAGCUCACCUAUGGCCCUUUUGAUCCCAUGCUAAAUGAUAAGGACCAGUUUCCCUCACUCUAUCAGAUGGCCUCCAGUGACAGCUCUUUGGGCCAUGGAAUGAUCUCCUUGUUGCUGCAUUUUGGCUGGACUUGGGUGGCGCUCUUUGUGUCUGAUGACAUGAAGGGAGAGCAGUUCCUUCAGUACUUUGAAGCAGAGAUGCUCAAGAAAGGAGUCUGUGUGGCCUUUACAGUUAAGCUCCCUGUCACAAAGAAGUUGUAUGGGGAUAGUGAUCUCACUUUCAUGAGUAGCAUCAGAGUUUCUUCUGCAAAUGUGCAUAUACUCUAUGGUGAUGUAAGAGGUCUCAUCAGUGUGGACAUUUCAGUGCAGUCGUUUUUAACCAUGGGGAAAGUGUGGAUCAUGACAUCAAAGUGGGAUCUUGUUAUGUCUGAGACAAACCACAUGCUGCACUCUUUGCAUGGAGGCUUCUCAUUUUCGCCCCACAAGGAAGAAAUCCCUGGCCUCAAACAUUUUCUCAAGAUGGCAAAGCCUUCCCACUAUCCAGAAGACUUUUACUUCAGUAAAUUAUGGCUUUUCCAUCUGGACUGCUCACUUGCAGGAUCAUUUUGUGGACAUAUUGGAACCUGCUCACCAAAUGCUUCCUUAGAGUUUCUUCCAGGACAUAUUGACCUGCUGACCAUAUCUGACUCCAGCUAUUUAGUCUACAAUGCUGUCUACACCAUGGCCCACGUCCUCCAUAAAAUGAUUUUGGAGAAAAUCCAGUUUCCCCAGCACAAUUUGUUGAGGAGAUUGUGCCUUCUUCAGGGAUGUAUUUUACUUCAUCCAAUCCUGAGAAAAAUCCAGUUUACAAACCGUGCUGGAGAUGAUGUGUCUUUCCAUGAAACAAGACACCAUGUAGUGCACUAUGAUAUUCAGAACAUUGUAAAUUUUCCUGCUGGAUUUCGUUUGAUGGUUAAAAUUGGAGAAUUUUCCUCUAAGAGUCCACAUGACCAAGAUUUGCUUAUCAAUGAAGACAUUAUAGAAUGGCCUGUUGGAUUCAAAAAGACUCCUCAAUCUGUGUGUAGCCAGAGCUGUGGUCCAGGAUUUCGGAAAAUGUCACAGGAAGGAAGACCUGUCUGUUGCUAUACUUGUGUUUUUUGUCCAGAGAGAGAUGUUUCCAAUCAGACAGAUGCAGAACAGUGUAUCCAGUGUGCAGAGCAUGAGUAUCCAAACAUGGAGAGAAGUCGCUGCCUCCCCAAGCUAAUGACCUUCUUAGCCUUUGAGGAUGUCCUGGGUAUGGCUCUGGUUUGUAUGGCUCUGUGCUGCUCUGUAACCACAGCUGCAGUUUUGGGGGUCUUUGUGAAGCACCGAGACACUCCCAUCGUCAAGGCUAAUAACCGGUCUCUCAGCUACAUCCUGCUCAUUGCCCUCCUCCUGUGCUUCCUCUGUUCCUUACUCUUCAUUGGCCGUCCCAACACAGCCACAUGCCUCCUCCAGCAAAUAACAUUUGGCCUUGUGUUCACAGUGGCUAUUUCUGCUGUGCUGGCCAAGACCAUCACUGUGAUUCUGGCCUUCAAGGUUACAAAACCUGGAAGAACAAUGAGGCGAUUGCUUGUAUCAGGAGCUACUAACUUCAUCAUUCCCAUCUGCUCCUUGAUCCAACUGACUUUCUGUGGCAUCUGGUUGGGAAUCUCUCCUCCCUUUAUUGAGUUAGAUGCAUAUUCUGAGCAUGGCCACAUCAUCCUGGUGUGCAACAAGGGCUCAGUCACUGCCUUCUACUGUGUCCUGGGCUACCUGGGUACCUUGGCCCUGGCGAGCUUCACUGUGGCUUUCCUAGCCAGGAACCUGCCUGACACAUUCAAUGAAGCCAAGUUCCUGACGUUCAGCAUGCUGGUGUUCUGCAGUGUCUGGGUGACCUUCCUGCCUGUCUACCACAGCACCAAGGGGAAGGUCAUGGUGGCUGUGGAGGUCUUCUCCAUCUUGGCCUCCAGUGUGGGACUCCUAGGGUGCAUUUUUGCCCCCAAGUGCUACAUUAUUCUUAUAAGGCCUGAAAAGAAUUCUCUGAAAGGCUUAAAGAAAAGAGCAAGUUCUAAGGGAUUCUAA